AUCAAUUAUAACACCCUUGACGAUGCUGCGUUUACAAUGAGAUGCCUAGGUCUUUUUAUCAUCACUCGAUUAUCCCCGAAGGCGUAGUAUCAUGUGCGUAUGGUUGUACUGCGUGUCCUCUUGGUGACCUUCUCCCCCUGUCCUAUGGUGAACUUGGCAGUGCUUUCCGUGUCAAAGCCCUACUCGCUUCAGAGUAAGAUUCGUAACGGGAGUCUCAUGUUCACACAACUAGUACAAAAGGUACAGGUAAACAAUACCCGAGCUUCAAAAGACCACAUAUGUAAUGGCCUCCAGAUACAAGGCACGUGCUUUGAGUUCGACCAAUCACAGCACUGAUAGUAGGCAGGAGUCAAAGAAAGAAAAGAAACAGCUGUUUUGUACUUACAAUGACAACCAAGCAGAUGGUGCGAAAUCAUUUAUCUCAAUAUUGAGCAAUCAAAGUCACCUUGACGAAAAGGCACUAACUGGUAUAAACACGGGUCACCGAUGAGAUACAACAAUAAUGCAGUCAUGCGGAUGUCAAGGGUUCAACUUGCAGCCCAGAUACCUUGUCAUAGCUCUGUGUUCCUAUAAAAGACACUUGCGCUGCAAAUUGUGUGGCUGUGGAGAAGUGCCAAUCAGUGAACAGACAAAACAUACAUUUCGACUAGACACUUUGAAUUAAGCCCCUAGCCUUUAGGACGUCAGUUGUUAGCUUUAUAUUUUUCAAGACUUCGCGAUAUAGGGCCUAUUUCUGGUUUGUUCUUUAGCGGAGACUCCCUUAACGCAGACGCUGCUCCGUCAAGUCGCUAGACUCUCGUCAUUUCCAGUAGAAGAUAUCAGAAAUAUGACAGUAGAUACACCGAUAAUCGGCCUUGUGGGGCAAUAUAUUGUUCCACUUGCAUUAUCCAUGGUGAUACUCAUUGUGGUGCGUCGCUUAUGGUAUGAAUACUUGAUCCAGAAUAGAGAUCCCGCUUUCGAUGCACCAUUACCAGAUGGUAGUAUGGGAUGGCCCCUGAUUGGAGAAACAAUUUCGUUUGCUCUUCAGGGGUCGGAGUUUUACGAAAAGAAGUUUCAGCAGCACGGACGGCUUUUUAAAACACAUCUGUUUGGCCGCCCAACGGUUCGAGUCAGAGGAGCUGAAAACAUCCGUAAGAUUCUUCACGGCGAAAAUGACAUCGUGACCUCUUAUUGGCCAGCCACAUCCAGACUCAUCUUUGGGACUGAUUGCCUGUCACAAAGUCAGGGACCUUUUCACACGAGGCUUCGUAAACACGUAGCUAGUGCUUUCUCUCACACGGCACUCGCUGGUUACGUCUCCUUGGUUCAACCUCUCAUUAUUGAUGCGAUCGAUGACUGGUGCAAAGCUCCUGCUGGAGUUACAGCAUAUCCAGAAUGCAGAUCUCUGACAUUCAGGGUAUCAGGCAAGGUGCUGUGUGGUUUCGACUACAGUAAAGAGGAGACAGCUUCACUUAUUGACCACUUUGAGGAUAUUUUUCAAUGUCUCUUCACGUUACCCAUCAACAUACCUGGCAGCACCUUGAAUAAGGGUCUGAAAGCUCGUGACUUGAUUGCCAAAAAAAUCACAGAAAACAUCCAGCGUAAGAUGGAUGACGAUGAUACCCAGGAUGCUUUGCGUAUAUUGAUGGAACAAGAUAUGGAGACUGGAGAGAUACCUUCUACGUCGGCGACAGUUUGUCGUGCCAUCGAUUUGCUUGUUGCUGGCUAUGCAUCUACUGCAAGUGCUGCGUGCAGUAUCAUCCGCCAGCUUCAUGACAACAAACACGUGCUGAUAAAAGUCCGCAGAGAGCUGAAAGACCACAACAUGACACAGCCUGGUAGUCCACUGACACUUCAAGACAUGAACCAGCUGAAGUACGUGUCUAAUGUUAUAAAGGAAACCAUGAGAAUGUCACCACCCAUUGGAGCAGCGUUCCGAAAGGCGCUUCGUACAUUUGAGUUGGACGGCAAGCAGAUCCCCGCUGGUUGGACAGUCUUAUAUAGUAUCCGUGAGACAGUUGGCUCGUCAGAUAUAUUUGCCGACAGGAACAACUUUGAUCCUGAUCGCUUUGCUUCGGAAAGAUGCGAGGACCGCUCUGGUGACCGAUACAACUACUGUAUUUUUGGAGGUGGUCCGCGAUCGUGUAUUGGCAAAUCUUUUGCUGUGAUGCUGAUGCGUAUGCUUGUUAUUGAACUAGCACGAAGCUGCAACUGGGAACUCCUGAAACCUGAAUCGGUGAAAAUAAAUCAGUUACCAACACCACACCCGGUGGACGGUAUGCCAGUCAGGUUUACUGCAUUGAAUAAUGUUGAUCAUAAUGCUAACAGUGUUGUAUUCAGCUGUGAGUCUGAAGAAAAUCCAGAUGCUAAUUAAAGCUCAUCUCUCUAUGCUUAUUUGGAAUGCCGUGAAACCGAAAUAUAUUGCCUCUAAAACUGUUCACAAAAGUCCUAAUUUUGGUGUUAGUGGUUUUGAAUUGGCACGUAUUUUAAAAAGGGCAAGAAAAGACACAAAUACUCCAUGGUCAACUGUUUGGAUUGCAGUGGUGCUUUCAUUAAUCGACAGUUGUACAACAUUGCGCUUAUAGAAAUGCUUAAUACGCACUCAUGUUGUAAUACAAGUAACAUCAUUACCAUUAUGCUACUUGAAGUUUUCUAUGGCAGGCAGGCGCGUAUUUCUUCUUGUGUGUCAAACAGAUAAUCUCUAGCUUUUGGGUUAGUACAAAUUGAUUAACUUUCCAGUGCAUUGUAAUAUGAUGCAUUUGUGUGGCUGUGGAUUAGAAAUCAAACUGUUUGCCCGGCAUCCAGUCACUCAAAAUAUACCGCUGUAUCGGAUACCAAGCACCAGUUGCCUUGGAAUGCCCCAUCCACUUUUGAUAGUUUGUCAUAGUCGGAUUUUUUUCUGCUGAAAUUUACCUGUAUCUUAAUUAGUGGAAAGUAUUUCUAAGACUUUUCAAUUGCAGACGACGCUUGCGGACGCUACAUUUCUCCGAUGUUUUUAUCGAAGGUCUGGAAAGAUCUUCAAAGAUAGGCAUUUCAGCUGUCAUUUGUAGCCUGUUGAGGUUUUGUCAUAAUAAACUACUUCGUUAAAUAUUGCAUUAGUGCUAAUUGCUGUGAUGGGGAGUGCGACUUUCUGACACGUUAAAGGACGCAUAACACCCUUUUCGGAAGGGGUUCGGGGAGACAGCUAAUAAUACACAUGUAUAUAGGGUCUGCUCUUUCGACAUCACAGUCAGGGUCGAAGCGAAGGCACUCGGGGGGGGGGAUACGCAGAGUCAAUUUGCCGACUUGAAACUUGGUUGCCAACCUCGUGUCGUGUAAAAUUCACAAAGUGCGCAGGGGACAUACUGAGUUGUUUUCCGCAUGCGUCCGUGUUGAAAGUGGAAAACUAUGGUACGCUGCAUUUCGUGUUUCAAAGGAAUGCCGACGGCCAACGUAUGUCAUUUACUGGUACACAUUUUGGAUUCAUUUGUCGACCAAAGCUCAAUUCGUCGAAUGGAAUCACCCACACCCCCACACAACCCGCCAAGUGGCUGCUAAAAUUAUAGUUGCCAAGAAUAAUUAAAUUGAAUUAAAAGAAUAAUUCAUAAAGUGUUUAAACUCUACGUAGCUAUCAGAAUACCAGAUAAUAACACACGUACUAAUCAAUAUUUAAUGAAAAUACCAUCCUAUUUAAUUAAAUGGGACAAAUGUCCAUUUUGAACAAAUUUGAGGUACAAACGAAAACCAACCAAAAGGUGACAUUUCGGUAAACUUUUCCCUCCUAUACAGUUGCAGGCAAAAUGAGACUGGUCUGUAAAUGUUUUAAAGCACUAAAGCGCAUAUUAUACGUAUUCAUGUAGAUAUAAUGUAGAUGCGAGAUAGAGAUACAAAAAGUCAUCCAGCUCACAGCUAAAUAUGGUUUGUAAAGUGUGCCAUUUUGUAAGAGACUAUAAUGAUUGUUUGUCAAACAAAAUUCAAGGCAGUGAUGUCACAUUUAAAUGCCAUCUUCCUCAAAACAUAUAUGUAUUAAUUACGCCAAUAAGGCGCGAUGCAUUUAGUCUCUGUUUAGCGUAAUUGUUUGCACAGUGCAUGUAAAGGAUGUAAAUGUUAAUGUAAAUCGUAUUAUUAUGCAAAUAUUACUGAUGUCCCAUAAUGGUCGUUUGUGCAUGAUUAAUGGUUGUAACUCCAUAAAAACUGUGUAAGUUUAUAACAGUGGUCUUCAAGCAUAUUGCUGUACUUUUUGAAAGGGGAGGAGUUUGCUCGAAUUUCAUGCGUACUUUUAUUCCGAGUGGCCGGAAAUCUGAGCAGUCGGCUAAAAUGACUUGAGUACAUGUAGAAAAUCAUUCUUGCAAAGUUACUAAAAUUUAAAAAGAUUUUAAAAGUUUUUCCACCUCCUCUCAAGCAGUUAAAGGCAGAACCUUUAACAUUUUCGUUUUUAUGCUGAUGAAACUUUUCAUAUUCGUGACCCAAAGGGCGAUGCCAUCCAAGGCAGAACAGAAGUGUUUCCAACGCUCUGUAAACAAAUACAUUACACCUUUCCGUUUUGUAACACGUUCCACUUUUUACUUUAUUUUUGUUUAUAAUUGUACAUGUUACUUGAUUAUAGAAUUUCCUGUUGAUAUUCAGUUUGCAUUUUCUUAUUUCGUUGUAAAUUCAACUGUAAUUCAGCCCCUAAGGCUGCACAAAUUGAAUAAAAUAUAUAUUGAAUCAUACUAACACCAAAAGCAAAAGCGUACAUGUAAAUUUGACAUUAAUGUUUGUUACAUUGUUAAGCUAACGUUCGACGUCAGCGUUUCGAGUUAAGUUGUAUUUUGAUAUUAUGUUGAAUCAAAGUUGGCGAGAUUAACUGGAAAAAAAGUCACGAGAAGGUUAUUGUAACCUUUUAAUUAACGUUAUUUUAAAUGUUAUAUAGUCUGUAAAUUUACCCGAUCCGUUGGCAUUUAUAGUCCGUCAAUACUAAUCCGAACUGAAACAGUGUCACAGCAACGUUUGCCAAUUGUUACGUUAAUGUUAGGCUUCAACAUAAUUAUUUAACAUGGUUAUCGAUCAAGUUAGGUUGAAUCAACGUAGCCAACAAAGUUAAGUGUACAAAGAUUGUAACCUUUCAGUGGCGUUCUUUAAACGAUUAUAAUGGUCCGAAAACAGUCUUAAAUGAAACGUCUGAAGAAAGUUAAAACCUUGAAAGAAAUUUACGUUGUGAUUAACAUGUUAUUUUUGAUUGGUCGCUUUGCUUAUUGAUUUUAUUUUGAUUCUUUAAGAUUAAUACUAUCUUUCUGGUUAUUUUUCUUAGCUAUAUUGUUGAAACAAUGUUGGCACGUUUGUAUUAAAAACCGAACGUAAGCAGUUAUAGAAAAACUUCUACAUUUCGAGAACUUGAAAAAAAUGUUAUCAUUAGAACCUUAAUACUACAGUGUUAUAGAACACACCACAGGUUUUAAGGCAAAGAACGCAACACAUAAUGACGGAUUAGAAUUGCUGUAAUUGCUACAUUAUUGCUAUCUGGGAGAAAUCUAUUCUUGUAUAUACAGAUACUAUAUAUAUCGUUUAAUUAAAGCAGUAGUUGUUGUUUCACAAGAAACGUCUUGUGGACCUU